AUGAAUGUUGAAUUUGUUAAAUUUCUAGAUAAUCACGACAAUUUAUUGGAAGCAUCCGAAAUGAAUGGAAGAAAUGAAGAUUAUACUGUACAGGAAAAUAAUGUUCCGGAUACUUAUAGAGAUCGGAUAAUGAAAUGGAAUGGAUGGGGAUAUGCGGAUUCAUCAUUUGUAAUUAGAAAUUAUGCUAAUGCUGUUCUCACUGGUAAUAGGUAUAACUUAUCGGGUCAAACAUUGCCUUAUCUCAUAAAAUACAUGGAGGAGAAACUUGGUGUCGCCAUUGAUAUCCAAACUCCAAGUAUACGUUAUGAAGAUUUAAUCAUUCCAACUUUGCUAGUACUGGUGCCAAAUUUCUUUAGUUUUUCGAUUUCUUUCGUAACUUAUAAUCGUCCAUAUUUAGUACAUGAUAUCGCUAAUUUACGAAAUGGUACUGUUGGACGCAUUCCUGAUAUUAUCGUAUGGCCUAAAAAUGAAGAGGAAGUUAUGACAAUUAUUGAUGGUGCUAAGAAAUUUGAUGUUGUUAUAAUACCGAUCGGUGGUGGAACUUCAGUAACAGCUGCACUGGAAUGUCCAAGUGAAGAGGCACGGAGUAUUUGUUCUUUGGAUAUGACACUGAUGGAUGCAAUUAUUUAUAUUGAUGAUAAGAAUCUUCUUUGUCGAGCUCAAGUAAUGCUGGUUAU